AUGCUCAUCAACGGCGAAAAAUUCGCCUGCGAGGCGUGCGUGAGGGGUCAUCGUGUCAGUUCUUGUCACCAUCAAGACCGGCCUCUGGUGCAUGUCAACAAGAAAGGUCGCCCUGUGUCGCAAUGCCAACACUGCCGAGGCUUACGGAAGUCUCGCUCUCAACAUGUGAAAUGCGAAUGCCAUGACAAGUCUCAUUCAAAGGAGAACUGUCCUCAUGAGAAGCAAGAAGGAAAAUCCGAUCCGCAUACCUGCUGCUGCCAACAUGGCUCCCGCUGUACCUGCGCUCUCAAGAAAGACCACCUCGACCCGGUGCCUGAAGACAUCUCGCAACUCCUCCAGCCGAAGGACCAUGCUAAACACCGCCAUAACAUGAAUUCUCAUGACCCCAAGACGACGAUAUUUACCAACGGUCAUCACAAACCAGUUCACAAGUUCAACGAUGCUCAUAAUCAGCUCGGAACCCCGUAUAAGAUCCCGUCGCGCUCGAACUCGCUUCAUGGCCAUAGGGAGAUUGCUCAGCGUUCCACCGACAGCCUUCCGCUGACCAAGUUUGCCAAACCCUACCACGAAUCGCCCCUCCAUAACUCGAUCACGGAGGCCAUGCAAAUUGUGGAACGAAAGGUCAAAUCAGAACACAAUUCGCCCGUGCUUGGGCCAACAAGAAUGGCAGGACAGUCGUCAAUGCAGGAUUUCAAGAUCCCCAAUUUCGAUCCACGCGCAUAUGCAUACUCUCCGUUCGGCACGGACACACCGCCCACCCAGCCGAACAGCCUACCAAACAGCCAAAACCCAAGUCUGCAGGACCUGACACUCCCAGAACGUUUUCCGGAGACCUGGUUCAUGACUUAUGAGCAAGCUCAUGACUACGAACCCCCACCGUGGGCAAGAUACAACGAGGGCUCUUCAGCUGACUGGAACAAUCUCAACCAAGACGGCAGCAAUGGUCUCUACAGCUUGAAACAGGAAAACUCGCCGUACAUGUUGUCUCAACAGGCUGCUUUCCAGGCUUCUGACUUGACGAGCCAAAUUAAUAGAGUGGGGAUUACGUCCUCGAGCGAAGAGCCUUCCGAGGUCGAAGAUCAGUCUCCUCCUCCCGUUGCUAACCAGUGGGGUGCCGAUCGGUCCAUGGGGAAUGAUCGACAGGGCGGUUUGGACGCAUUCAACGAUUACAGCAGCGCUGGCGGAGACGACGCCUCUGAUCGAUUCCGGCUGAGUUCAGCCUCGUCUUAUUUUGGGACGCCUCAAGCAAACAUGUUGGCCAAUGACAACAUUGGGAGUCUUGACAUCGACGAUUAUCUGAAGCAGGCCGAAGCGGAGACCAAAAGAAUGCAAUUGCAGCAUCAGUUGGCGCAGAUGCAGAUGAACCCGCAAGAUUCACAAACUCCGUCGCGAUUAUCGAGUGUCAGUAGAGGCAUGACGCCUAGUAUCUCUACGCCCGGGAGCACUGGCAACGGCGAGCACCCAUACACCAUAAGUGAGGCACAGAGAUAUGCGCAUCCUGAUGGGCCAUCGACCGUUCCAGCGGAACAGCCUAGAGCUGCGAUGCCGCCGUCAUAUAUGACGGAAGACCCAGCGUGGUCAGUGGCACCCGACAUGUCCAACCCGGAACUGAGUUUGGACGAUGAACGAGAAGAUGAGGACUGGGUUCGGUAG